AUGGCAAAGAAGUCCCCAACUGAUCAAUCGCCCGAGAAACGAGACCAUGGCGGUGAACACCCCCAUAUCGAUCCAGUCAAGGAACGGAAGCUGGUCCGCAAGCUCGACCUUCAUAUCGUUCCGACGGUGAUGCUGUUAGUCAACAUCGGCAACGCAAGGCUCUAUGGACUGGAAAAAGACCUAGGUCUUCAAGGCAACCAAUACCAAAUCGCCGUCUCGCUGCUGUUCGUCACGUACAUCAUCUCAGAGCUGCCCUCGAACUUGGUCAUCAAGCACUACGUUCGACCGUCACGAUGGAUCGCCUUCAUCACAGUCUCCUGGGGCAUUAUCGCCACGCUUACCGGGCUCUGUCAGAACUACGCCGGCUUGAUCGUUUGCAGACUGUUCCUAGGACUGGUCGAAGGCGGCCUCUUUCCCGGGUGUGCGAUCUACUUGACGUUCUUCUAUACAAAGCGUGAGCUGGCGCUCCGAGUUGGCUACCUCUUCGUCUCGGCCGCUCUGGCAGGUGCCUGUGGAGGUCUCCUAGCCUAUGCCAUUGGCCACAUGGAUGGCAUCGCCGGUCAACGAGGCUGGAGAUGGAUAAUGAUUUUAGAAGGCUUGCCCACCUUCAUCCUGGGCAUCGCUUGCUGGUGGAUCCUUGCAGAUGAUCCUGAGACUGCCUACUACCUCAACGCAGAGGAGAAGGAAUUGGUCAUCCAUCGCCGCAAUACCCAGAUCGGCCAGAGCGACAUCUUCGACUGGAAAGAUGCGCGGAAAGGUCUAAAGGACUGGAAGAUCUACGCAUUCUGCGCCGGACAGUUCUGCAUGGACAACAUGCUCUACACCUACUCGACGUUUCUCCCAACCAUCAUCGAAGGCAUCUGGCCAGACGCAAGCGCAGCGAUCGUCCAGGUCCUCACGAUUCCUUGCUACGCCGUAGGUGCAAUUACAUACAUGGCUUCAGCUCGAUUCAGCGACUGGACGCAGCUUCGGGGCCCUGUGAUAGUUUGCAUCAGCUUGUUCAGCAUCGUCGGCUACGCGCUGCUGAUCUCGCCGGUGUCUUUCGCGGCGCAGUAUGCUGGUUGUUUUCUGGUGGCUCUUGGGCUCUAUGUGAUUGUGGGUAUUCCUUUGGCAUGGUUGCCGACGAACAAUCCGCGGUAUGGGAAACGGACGACCGCUACGGGCUUGCAGCUGACUAUUGGCAACUCCGCUGGGAUCAUGGCACCUUUUCUCUAUCCUAACGACGAAGGCCCACGCUUCGUGCGAGGGCACGGUGUGACAAUGGGUCUAAUCAUUCUUGGUAGCCUCAUCUACGGGUUCAUGUUCGUCUAUUUCUCCGGGCGGAACCAAAAGCGAGAACAAGGUGCCGAAGACAAGGCGAUGGAGGGUUUGAAUGAAGAAGAGAUCCUUGCUCUCGGCGACGAAAAUCCUCGGUUUCGAUUUGCCAGAUAA